AUGAAGGCUCUUCUCUCACACAACAGGUUGAAUUGCACUGGAAAAGGAUCCAAGAAAUGGUCAGAGGAGAAACCGGAGAAGAAGAAGAGAUUGACGAAGAAGCUUAUAACUGAUCGUGAUGAAUCGUCGGACAGUGUCCUUCGGAAGGUAGAUGGAUCGAAACUCCUCUUGGUUUAUGGGAUACUGGAAGCACACACUGAUGAAGUGUGGUUUUUGCAAUUUUCACAUGAUGGAAAAUAUUUGGCAUCAUCAUCCAAGGAUCAGUCAGCAAUUAUAUGGGAGGUUAAAGAGGAAGGUCAGGUGUUACUGAAACAAAAACUAAGUGGACACCAUAAACCGGUGUUGACCGUUUCAUGGAGUCCUGAUGACCACCAAGUUCUGACCUGUGGACAAGAGGAGGUUAUCAGACGUUGGGAUGUUUUGUCUGGAGAAUGCCUUCAUGUUUAUGAAAAAACUGGUGUUGGCUUGAUUUCUUGUGGAUGGUUUCCUGAUGGUAAAGGGAUUUUUGCUGGCAUGACUGACAGGAGCAUCUGCCUGUGGGAUCUGGAUGGAAAAGAGCUGGAAUGCUGGAAAGGGCAGAAGACACUUAAAAUAUCAGACAUGGCUAUAACAACAUUGCAUAUAUUGGUAUAUCGGAUGAAAUGA